GCCUCUGCUGGCGCUAAACCCCGGAGAGCGGAGCCUGCACGCUGAGCCUCCUCGGCGGGCCGAGCCGCGGCGCUGGGCAUGCUCAGUGUGCCGGCCCCGGUACAGCGGAGAGCGGCACAGGCUCCAAGAUGUCCAACCGAGUGGUCUGCCGGGAAGCCAGCCACGCCGGGAGCUGGUACACCGCCUCAGGACCUCAGCUGAAUGCCCAGCUAGAAGGUUGGCUUUCACAAGUACAGUCUACGAAAAGACCUGCUCGAGCCAUUAUUGCACCCCAUGCAGGAUAUACAUACUGUGGCUCUUGUGCUGCCCAUGCUUACAAACAAGUGGAUCCAGCUAUUACCCGGAGAAUUUUCAUCCUUGGGCCUUCCCAUCAUGUGCCCCUGUCUCGAUGUGCACUCUCCAGUGUGGAUAUAUAUAGGACUCCUCUGUAUGACCUUCGUAUUGACCAAAAGAUUUAUGGAGAGCUGUGGAAGACAGGAAUGUUUGAACGCAUGUCUCUGCAGACAGAUGAAGAUGAACACAGUAUUGAAAUGCAUUUGCCUUAUACAGCUAAAGCCAUGGAAAGCCAUAAAGAUGAGUUUACCAUUAUUCCUGUACUGGUUGGAGCUCUGAGUGAGUCAAAAGAACAGGAAUUCGGAAAACUCUUCAGUAAAUAUCUAGCGGAUCCUAGUAAUCUCUUUGUGGUCUCUUCUGAUUUCUGCCACUGGGGUCAAAGGUUCCGUUACAGUUACUAUGAUGAAUCCCAGGGGGAGAUUUAUAGAUCCAUUGAACAUCUAGAUAAAAUGGGUAUGAGUAUUAUAGAACAAUUAGAUCCUGUAUCUUUUAGUAAUUAUUUGAAGAAAUAUCAUAAUACUAUAUGUGGAAGACACCCCAUUGGGGUAUUAUUAAAUGCUAUCACAGAGCUCCAGAAGAAUGGAAUGAACAUGAGUUUUUCCUUCUUGAAUUAUGCCCAGUCAAGCCAGUGUAGAAGCUGGCAAGACAGUUCAGUGAGUUAUGCAGCUGGAGCACUCACGGUCCACUGAAGCUCCGACCCUCAGGGACGCCACCUGCACAGACUCACACUCUGUACUCUGUCCGGGGUUCAGCCUAGCCUUUACCAAGAUGUUGGUUCUGGUGUGGGGGGAUUCUGAAACCUCAGACUAAUAGAACUCUCUUAUCUUCUUUUCUAGUAGGUGUAGUCCUCCUUAAUUUCAACUCAUUUAAAAAAUGCUUUAUAGGGGCAGUGAAAGGAAGGCUGGAAUCAGAAUAUUUUGAUUAAAAAAGAAAAGAUGACAAUGUAAAGGCCCAAUUGGCAUACAGUUUUUGAAAAUGACUUGUAAAGCAUUUAGCAUAUCUGAAAUUUGCACUCUUUGCAGACUCAUGCACAUAUAUUCCGCUUUCAGAAUAGUUUUGCAGAAUGUACACAGACAAAAAAGGGUGGAAGCUUUUUAAUAAAAGAAAUUGCAUUUAUAAAUGACCUGUAUUAGAAUAUAAGAAAUCUCCAGUUAUAGGCAAUUACUACCCAUGUUGUACAACAGAUACCUUCUAUUUUAGUUGCUAAUAAAGGGCUACACAACUCAAAA